CCAAGAUAAAAUGCAGUAAUGGCUGCCUGCAGACGAUUUUGGGUUUUGUCCGAGGUCAUAAAUGCUACAAAACUAUGCACUGUAGGCACUAGGAACAAGACUUGGUCACAAGGAAGGAAAGCCGGCGUACAGAGAUAUCUGUCAACACAAACCCAGGAAGAAGGAUUGCCUGACACAGUACAGCUCAGUGACAGCUGUGUGAAGCAAUUAAAGCAAUUGGAUGAAAAUGGCUGUCUACGAGUGAUUGUAGAGAGUGGUGGAUGUUCAGGAUUUCAGUACAAAUUCGACCUGGAUGCAACUGUAAAUGAAGACGAUCAUUUGUUUGAAAAGGAUGGGGCUAAAGUUGUUGUGGAUACAGAUUCUCUGGACUUUUUGAAGGGAUGUACAAUUGAUUUUCAUGAAGAACUUAUAAGGUCAGCUUUUCGUAUUAUCAAUAAUCCCCGGGCUGAACAAGGAUGCUCGUGUGGGGCCUCAUUUGCUGUGAAGCUGUGACCUGGUGAAUGUGUCGUGGAAAACAAAAGGAUUAUUUUGCAUUGUGUAAGGCUCGAGUGAACUUAAAGUCUUUACGUGGGAUCUGUGGAAUUAGAAACAUAGACAAUGUGAAUAAUUAUAUGAUGCCCUUCUUUUGUUGAAUAUUAUUUCUAUGUUAAAAAUACUACACUUGGGUUUAUUUCUAUCAUUAUAAAAUGUCAUUAACCACGCUGGUGUGGAAAUGUCAUUAACCAUGCUGGUGUGGAAAUGUCAUUAACCACGCUGGUGUGGAAAUGUCAUUAACCACACUGGUGUGCAAAUGUCAUUAACCACGCUGGUGUGGGUAUGUCAUUAACCACGCUGGUGUGCAAAUGUGAUUAACCAUGUUGGUGUGCAAAUGUCAUUAGCCACACUAGUGUGCAAAUGUCAUUUACCACGCUGGUGUGGGUAUGUCAUUAACCACGCUGGUGUGGAAAUGUCAUUAACCACGCUGGUGUGCAAAUGUUAUUAGCCACGCUAGUGUGCAAAUGUCAUUUACCACGCUGGUGUGGGUAUGUCACUAACCACACUGGUGUGAAAAUGUCAUUAGCCACGCUAGUGUGCAAAUGUCAUUAACCACGCUGGUGUGGAUAUGUCAUGAACCACGCUGGUGUGGAAAUGUCAUAAGCCACGCUGGUGUGGAAAUGUCAUGAACCCCACUGGUGUGGAAAUGUCAUUAACCACGCUGGUGUGGGUAUGUCACUACCACGCUGGUGUGCAAAUGUCACUAACCACGCUGGUGUGCAAAUGUCAUUAACCACGCUGGUGUGGAAAUGUCAUUAACCACGCUGUUGUGGAUAUGUCAUUAACCAUGCUGGUGUGGAUAUGUCAUGAACCCCACUGGUGUGGAAAUGUCAUUAACCACGCUGGUGUGGAUAUGUCAUUAACCACGCUGGUGUGGGUAUGUCACUAACCAUGCUGGUGUGCAAAUGUCAUUAACCACGCUGGUGUUGAAAUGUUAUUAACCACGCUGGUGUGGAAAUGUCAUUAACCACGCUGGUGUGGAAAUGUCAUUAGCCAUGCUGUUCUGGAAAUGUCAUUAACCACGCUGGUGUGCAAAUGUCAUUAACCACGCUGGUGUGCAAAUGUUUUUCCUUCUUCAGCUUAGUAAACUCUGACUGCAUAUAAAUUAGUGUAUACGCAGUGAAAAAAGGCUCGGCGGAUUGAUACUUGUUUCAAAUAUGGCGCUGUUCACGCUUCAGCGAGAGAACAGUCCAAUGACAACCAAUGCUUGGAUCAUUCACCAUCUAGAUACAUAGAACAAAUUAGGGAUCCAUUAUGUCUAAUUAUACAACAAAAGAAUGCUGAAAACUUCUUACUCCAUGGAUGCACAUUCAAAUUUCUUUGGCGGUAACAUCAACAAUGGCGGCUUCGUCCUGACCGUGUCACUCCAUGAGCAGUGUGUCAAUAUACAUACAUGACGACCGUUGUAAAUGAAAAGAAAAGAUUGAAGGGCUUCUCACAUUGGUAAAUUUAAAAUUUAAAAACCAUGAAAAAAAUUAGUGUUGUUCACUGCAUAUUUUCUAAAUUUACUCAUAUGUCAAUGUAGAUUCACCGGAACUAUAUUGUUCUAGCAACCACAGCUACCGUAGUUACCAUUGUGGCAACCUGCUUCGACUUUUUUCUGCAUAAUAUAGCAUUUAAACAUGUUUAUAAAUGUAAAAAUAAGGAUUGACCUUUAUUUUGAUGGCGUAUACGGUAGCUAACGCGCACCAUAGAAUAUGUUUGUUGCCAACUGUGUUCAAACUACUGUAUACGCUGUCAAAAUGAAGGUCAAUCCUUAAUUAACCACGCUAGUAUGGAAUUGUCAUUAACCACGCUGGCAUGGAAUUGUUGACAACAUUAACCAAUUUGGUGUGGAUAUGGUAUGUCAACAUCACAAAUCACACUGGUGUAGAUAUGGUAUGUCGACAUCAUAAAUCACACUGGUGUAGAUAUGAUAUGUCGACAUCAUAAAUCACACAAGAGUAGAUAUGGUAUGUCAACAUCAUUAAUCAGCAGGUGUAGAUAUGAUAUGUCGACAUCAUAAAUCACACAGGAGUAGAUAUGGUAUGUCAACAUCACAAAUCACACUGGUGUAGAUAUGGUAUGUCAACAUCACAAAUCACACUGGUGUAGAUAUGGUAUGUCAACAUCACAAAUCACACUGUUGUAGAUAUGGUAUGUCGACAUCAUAAAUCACACAGGUGUAGAUAUGGUAUGUCGACAUCAUAAAUCACACAGGUGUAGAUAUGGUAUGUCAACAUCACAAAUCAUACUAGUGUAGAUAUGGCAUGUCAACAUCAUAAAUCACACUGGUGUAGAUAUGGUAUGUCAACAUCACAAAUCACACUGUUGUAGAUAUGGUAUGUCAACAUCACAAAUCUCACUGUUGUAGAUAUGGUAUGUCGACAUCAUAAAUCACACAGGUGUAGAUAUGGUAUGUCGACAUCAUAAAUCACACAGGUGUAGAUAUGGUAUGUCAACAUCACAAAUCAUACUAGUGUAGAUAUGGCAUGUCAACAUCAUAAAUCACACUGGUGUAGAUAUGGUAUGUCAACAUCACAAAUCACACUGUUGUAGAUAUGGUAUGUCGACAUCAUAAAUCACACAGGUGUAGAUAUGGUAUGUCGACAUCAUAAAUCACACAGGUGUAGAUAUGGUAUGUCAACAUCACAAAUCAUACUAGUGUAGAUAUGGCAUGUCAACAUCAUAAAUCACACUGGUGUAGAUAUGGUAUGUCAACAUCAUAAAUCACACUGUUGUAGAUAUGGUAUGUCGACAUCAUAAAUCACACAGGUGUAGAUAUGGUAUGUCGACAUCAUAAAUCACACAGGUGUAGAUAUGGUAUGUCAACAUCACAAAUCAUACUAGUGUAGAUAUGGCAUGUCAACAUCAUAAAUCACACUGGUGUAGAUAUGGUAUGUCAACAUCAUAAAUCACACUGUUGUAGAUAUGGUAUGUCGACAUCAUAAAUCACACAGGUGUAGAUAUGGUAUGUCGACAUCAUAAAUCACACAGGUGUAGAUAUGGUAUGUCAACAUCACAAAUCAUACUAGUGUAGAUAUGGCAUGUCAACAUCAUAAAUCACACUGGUGUAGAUAUGGUAUGUCAACAUCACAAAUCACACUGUUGUAGAUAUGGUAUGUCAACAUCAUAAAUCUCACUGUUGUAGAUAUGGUAUGUCAACAUCAUAAAUGACACUGGUAUAGAUAUGGUAUGUCAACAUCACAAAUCACACUAGUGUAGAUAUGGCAUGUUAACAUCAUAAAUCACACUGGUGUAGAUAUGGUAUGUUAACAUCAUAUAUCACACUGGUGUAGAUAUGGUAUGUCAAAAUCAUAAAUCACAGUGGUGUAGAUAUGGUAUGUCGACAUCAUUAACCACACUGGUGUAGAUACGGUAUGUCAACAUCAUAAAUCACACUGUUGUAGAUAUGGUAUGUCAACAUCAUAAAUCACACAGGUGUAGAUAUGGUAUGUCGACAUCAUAAAUCACACUGGUGUAGAUAUGGUAUGUCAACAUCAUGAAGCACACUGGUGUGUAUAGGAUAUGUCGACAUCAUUAACCAUGCUUCUGUAUUGAUGUCAUUAACUGUGUUGAUGUGGAUAUGUUGACAUCAUUAACUGUGCUGAUGUGGAUAUGUUGACAUCAUUAACUGUAAUGAUGUGGAUAUGUUGACAUCAUUAACCAUGCCUCUGUAUUGACAUCAUUAACUGUGCUGAUGUGGAUAUGUUGACAUCAUUAACUGUGUUGAUGUGGAUAUGUUGACAUCAUUAACUGUAAUGAUGUGGAUAUGUUGACAUCAUUAACCAUGCCUCUGUAUUG